AUGUCUGGUGGAGGGGUCCCGCCGCCGGCGGCGCCUUCAUUGCGUUCGUCUUUCUCUCCAGAUCACCAUCUGUGGCUCUCUUCUCUCAUCUGGCCAGACAUCCCUCUGCAAGCGUCCAUUUCCUGCGUCGCUGUCAAUCCAAGGUUCACCAUUUUGGCGACAGGGACACACACAGGCCACAUCUAUGUAUGGCAACUCAAUGCGGUGCAUGCGGCUCUCGCGUGCCCCGAAAGCCGCGUGUGCCGGCUGGGCUCGAACGCGUUGCCUCUAGCGGCUGAACCACAUCCUCCCGCGGCGACAAACAAAUGCCGUGGGCGACCGACGCCGUCGGCUUCUGGGGGGACUCUGGCGGCUGCAGGUGCACACAGGGGAGACGUGGAAGGGAGAGAGGACGACGCACAGGCACGGGAAGACGCCACGCAGAGGGAUGUGAGCGGUGAGGGAAAUGCACACGUUCGCCAGCUGCCAUUGUCCUCGCGACGUGGUGAAGCCGCCGCACCUGGAGAUCUCCCGGCCGAGUCGACACCCGGCUGCUGCGCUGGCACAUCGACACCGCCUUCCGGGGCUUCGUGCGAAGAAGGUGGAACCAGGUUUGAGGCUCCUCUCCCGCUCGUUCCCCAUUUGAUUUUGAUCAGCGAGUGGGGCGGAUCUGCGCCGUUAAUCGAGUGCGUCUUCGCAGUCGCGGCGGCCCCGCUGGUGAGUGCUUGCAGCGAAGAAGUGCUGGUGUCUAUACACUCGGACAGCAAGCUGCGGGUUUGGUCGCUGCUCGACGGCCGGUGUCUCUCGGCCACGAAGCAAUUUCCGUACCCCCUGCUCUCGAUCCGCGUUCUGUCCGACCGGCGCUACGUUGUGUUAACCGGCAAAACGGGCGCAAUGGUUUUCGACCUGUGGACGCACUGCCGCGUAUGCCAUCUCUCGCUUUCCCUCCCGCCAGUUUCGCCGCCGUCGACUGUCUUUCGCCGUCUGCAUCACGAAGCCGCGCUGCAGCCAUCUCCCGGAUCCUGGGCGCCCGACAGCGCUGGGGCUCCUGGAGGCGCGGGAGAGCUCGCGGCCCGCGGGAGGCGAGAGAGGGCGAGACACGCUCACAGGGAAGCGGAGACACCCGUCAGUGAGUCCUGGCCCUUUCUCCGGCUCACCGCGACGGCGACGAAUCCACCGCCGGACUGCAGCGAAGAUGGUCUGGAAAGAUUGCGCGCUCUGUUUCCGAAUCUCGGUGCUGACCUACCACGCUUUCCUCUCGCCUCGCCCCAAGGGGAACCAGGGCGAGGCAGAGAGGGAACAGACAGCACGGUCGCCUUCCGAAGCUCCGAUGGCCACGCCUUUAACCCGUCACCUGUGGACAAACGUUUUCCCGAUGGACUCCCCCCUCACCCUUCAGCCUCGUUGUCGUCUUCGUCCUCGUUUUCGUCCUCUCCCGUUGCGCUGUUUCACCAGCAGUCGAAGCCGGUACCCGCGAGCGAGCACGCUGCCCGUGGAGAUUCCUUUUCGUUCUUGGCUUUGCAGCAAGAGACGUCCUCCUCGGACGACCUUGCGUCUCUCCCUGCCUUUCCUCGUCUCGACACCGCGCCUCGCCAUCUCGCGACGCAGGAGGCCGGGAACCGAGCGCAGGGAAUCGCGCCUCUGUGGCCCAGCGAUUCAUUCGCCAACGCCCCCGAAGGCGCCUCUGAGCCGAAUCUGCUGCCGCCCUUCCUCGAGCAGCCCGUGACCGUCGCCGGGCUGACGCCGGAAGGUCGGCUAGCUGUCUGGGACCUCCAGGUGGUCUUGGCGACCUGGGAGGAGCAGCAGACACAGCUCGAUGGGUUGGGCGGGAGCGCGAUGUUCCACGGGAAGCGGGAGCAGACGGUCUUUCGCUCGCUGGUCUUUCAAGACACGGCUAGCUCGGCCCGCCGCCGCCAGCCCGCAGGCGUCUCUCAUGGGCGCUCGCGUCCCGAUGGCGAAACUCACCCAGGAGAGGAAAUGGCUGUUAAAGACCGCAACGCGGCGCCACCCGUCUCCGCUGGGUUGGCCACAGGCACGGGGGCUGCACGCGGAAAGGGAGGAGUUUCAGAAGCGCCGCUGCAUUCGAAUUCCGCGACGGGGCGACGCGACCAAUUUGCAGGAGACACGGCAGGUGACGCGGCGAAGGACAAGAAGAAGAGAGACAAAACCGGAGCCGGAGUGAGCGAAGGAGCUGCGGCUGUACUUCAGCCGAUGCGAACAAUGUUUGGAGGCAUGUUUGGAGUUGGAGGAGACGACGAAUCCGAGGACGAAGGUGACGACGAGACGGAAGAAACCAAAGGAGCCACGGGGAUCGAACCCGUAUUCGUCUCGAGCGUCUGCUGCGAGCCCUCCGAGGUCCCCGAAGUUGGUGGGAGCGGCGCGUCCAGUCUCCUCUCUGUGACCGCCUCGUUUCUCGUGGCGCUAAGCUCCGACCGCCUCGUCGUUUGGCGCCGCCUGCCCCGCGUGUGCGGCGUGUCUCUGGCCUCACCUUCGCCGCUCUCCUCGAUUGCCUACGACCUGUUUCUCGAUGUCCCAGCCCCGUCGCUCGCCUCGUCGCGGGUGCCCUCGUUUGCCGGACUCCUGGCUGCCGACUCACGAGCGGCAGGCGAAGACAGCAGACGGCGCUCGAGCACCUGCCGUGAGGAGGAAGACAGCGAAGCGAAAGGACAAGUCGCGCAGAGCCAGGAGACGCUUGCCCUCUGGUCGGCAGCUGCUUUUGGAGACACCGGGCACGAGCAGAGUUUCCCGGGACUUCCGUGGGGCUGGAGCGGCAUGCACCUACUCCCCUACUCGCGAGACGUGUCUCGCUUCUGUGAACAGCUAGGCGCCCUCGCGCAACAGCACCCGUUCGAGGACCCGAGAGCGAGAGAGAGGAGUGAGAGGAGUGAGACGGAAGGGGCUCUGCAUGUCUGGGGGAGAGAAUCUGCAACGGCGGCGGAGUCGCGGAGCUCGAUGGAACGUGGAGCCGUGUAUAACCCGUCGUGCGAAAACGUCGAGGCAGUUCUCCUCGCCUGGACCGCAGACGGAACCCUGCGAGCGUUCCUUCUCCCCCUCGGUGCCAACAUCUCGCCGAGCCUCCCGUCGCCCCUUCGGGCGUCGGGCAGUCGUCGAGAGUCGAGCGACGCAGGCGAAAUGCAUAUCGGUGCACGUCGAGGUCCCAGAGACAGGCCAGGGCCAUCGGCGGGGCUCGCCGAUAUUGCCGCUCUCACCCAAGGCCUUCUCAUUGGCCAACUACCGGACGAGCUCCUCGGUGGCGAAGACACGCCGACGCCUGUUUUCCUUCCUCUCUUCGCUCACUUCUCUUUCGCGUCUCUGGCGACUGCCGGGGUUCCCGCCGAAGACACUUGCGGAAAGGCUGCUCGCUCGUGCGAGCCGUCCGCUGCGUCCGCUCUGACUCCUCCCCGAGGGCGAGAGCGUGGGGGCGAGGCAGGACGUCGAGGCGAAGCACGCACAGAAGCACCACGGAGCACAGAAACGAUGCAGGCGAUCGUCGGAGGGCUCCUGUGUGUCGGUGUCUCCCUGGAGGCAUCCGACCGCGUGGCCGUCGCCUCGUGGGCUCUGGAGGCAUCAGUCGAGUCGACGUGCGGGGGGGGCGGAAGGCCGCUCGGGUUUAGAGAGGCCAGCGAGAAGAGUUGGAGUCUGUCUCUCCAACGGGAGGGGACAGGCGAGCUGUUGGCUCCUGACGCCUUCGCGAAAACGCCAGAAAGCGAGGCAAUGGGUCCUCUGCUUUCGGCCCCGGCCUCCGUCCAGCCUACGCCGUCUCCGGUUUCUGGUGCUCACCCGCCUCCGUCGUCGUCGCCUUCGCCGGCGUUUUCCGUUCUCCGUCUUCACUUUUCUCUGCGGCCUUCAAUCAGCGUCGGGGAGUUGUGGCUGCUUCCGUCGACGCUGCGCUCGAGCCUUCACCGCACCCUCUUCCCUCCGGUCCCGUCGGUCCUCGACAGCUGCGGCGAGGAAACAACUCCCUCGCUCACAUCGCGCCGGAGGCCGAGAGGCGGCUGCCUCUCGGGGGCAAGGGCGCGCGAGUUCGUGGACACGGGCGUGGCGCUGCGUACCCAGUUUUGGCGCCUCGCAGCUUCUCUGGACCAGCGGAAGCACCUCCGACAAGGCCAGGAAAUCCUCGUGUGUCUGGGAGAUCCCGAGCGCCGGGGCGAGGCGCGAGGGCGAGGCCAGGACGUUGGGGAGACGACGUCCGCCGGAGGACAUCUUCCUUCUCUUCCGUGGUGUCGGUCUCAAACCGGCGUCCAGCCUUCUUCGCCCGAGCCCAGAGACACAACCGGGCAGUGUACCUACACAGCAGAUCGGCACAUUUUGUCUUGGUGUCUCGUCGAGUCCCAAGGCCGGGUGUUCCUCAUUUGCAGCGCUUCAGACGGGGCGGCUCUGGGGCUGUGUCUGAACCACGUGGCUGCGCGUCUUCGGCUCCAUCGUCACCUGUAUGGAGAGGCGUCUCGGCAGAUGACAGCGACCGCGGCGAAGGCGUGUGAAGGGCCAUCCGCCUCGGGCGCGUGGAUGAAGCCGGCAACAAGCAGCUGCGAGCUUGCCUGCCACGCCCCCAUGCAGAAGGGCGGAGACGCCCGCCAAGGCACCUCGACGGAAGGCCUUCUGUACUUGAGUGGGUCGCCAGACCUGGUGCUGUGGCCCAAAGCCUGUCACCAGUUGCCCAGCCUAGUGCAUCUCCCCACGCCGGCGACGCAUCCUGGGUUGGUGGCUGCCGUCGAGGCUCGAGGGGAGUGUCGGCGACUUCGCGAGAAAGGCGCGCGGAAAACGCGCGGGCCCUUUCGGGCGACGCUAAGGCCGAGCCGGGAACGCGGAGACAGCGCGAGCGGGCGAGACGGGAGUUUCGAUGGCGAACGUGAAGCGGCGCUAUGGGGAGGCGCGGCCAGGAGUCCCCGCGGCUCGCCCCUUCGGUCUCUUUCGGGGGGGGCGGCUUCAUGCGGAGGAUCGACACGUCCACCAGCUGUGGAAGAUCUGGACGAAGACGCAUUCUCUUGCUUUUCUUCCGAGUUUUCGUCUCAAGAAUUCUCGUCCGAUGAAACGUUUCCCGAGCUGGCCAACGAGGCGUCGUCUGCGUACCCUUCCACGUCGAGCUCCUCGUCCCUGUCGUCCUCCGAUGAGGAGGACUCGCCGGGUGUCUCUCCCCGCGCCUCGCCCGCUGUCUGUGCUUCUUCGCUGUCGUCUAGGUUCGGUUCUACGCGUCGGUGUGUGCCGCCGCCAUCUCGCAUGUCUGUCCAGCCACGCACGCCUCUGUAUGCGUCUCCGCCGGACGCGGUGAAAACGCAGGUCACCCACUUUUGCUCUCUGAGCUCGGUGCUUCUCGCCGGCGGCACGAGCCGAGGCGACAUCCUCUUCUGGCGUCUCCCUUCCUUCUCCGUUUGCGGAUAUCUCCCUCGAGCCCUCCCUGCGCCGGUGUGCGCGAUGCUCCGGGUCUUGUCUGUGUGCGGCGGACAAGGCGAGGCGCAGUUCGACUCCAACUGCUUCCUGGUGGCCGACGCAACGGCACAACUUACGCUCGUCGACGCAGCCAAGUGCUGCGGGUGCACAGACACCUCGAGUGCGAAUCCGCCCGACACCGAGCUCCACACCGUCUCUGCUCGGCACCAGAAGACGGAAGGGGCUGCAGAGCCUCGACGAGGAAUGCCUGGCUCCGCAAAUGGCCCGUCCACAGAUCCGGCGAACCACGCGAAACAUGCAGAAGGAGCGGCGCAGUCUGCGACUGGCAGCAGGUUGGGCGAAGAGGUUGGACGAGCGCCGUGGGACGCCGACCGCGACAGACAGCGCAUGCAGCAUCACGAGCUAGCCGUGCCGAGAGAGCAACGGACCCACGCUAGCGUGAGGCCGGACGAGCAUGGCUCUUCGACUUCGAAUUUGUCUCCUGGGCUGGCGCCCGCGAUGUCUGAGAAAGGGCUGGUCGAAAGCCCAAUGUACGUCCAUUAUCGCGCCUCCACUUGGAGUGUUCGUACGCCCGAGCUCCUUCAGGCGGUGCCCCGACCGUGUAACUGGUCGGGAGUGUUUCCUCUGGAAAGGCCGGAGAGUGCGCCCCGGUGUGUCCAUUCUGGGCCCCGCUCACCAUGCCCAACGGCUGGUUUCGCGGGUACGCUUGAGGGCGGGUUUUCGCACGCUUCCUCGCUCGUGGCCCCGCACGCCAUUCGCAAAGUUGCAGUGGAUCUCUUGUCAGACACCAUUUGUUGCAUCACCGUUUCGGCGCGCUUCUUUCUGUGGAAGAUUCAAACCGGACAGCUCCUGAAAGAGGGCCCGUUGUCGCGAAUCUCGGGCGUCUUCGCCCCCGACGUGCCCAAUGCCGACCUCUUCUAUUCCCGUACCUUCCUGCAGAAUCCGCAUCUUUACUCGUCUUCGCCGCACCUUGAGAUGACCGUUUGGGGUUUUGCUCUUGGCCACUUGCAACUCGCCUCGUCGUCCUGUUGCCGGUGUUGCCACUUUGCGUGUCCGUGCUCCUGCGCGUCGUCUGCGGUAUCUUCGCCUCGCCGGCAGCGGCUGGCGACUCAGGAGGCCAGAGGCACGGCGACAGGCCUGGAGGCGAAGAAAACAGAGGCGAAGGAUAGUGAGGUCGUUGCGUGUGCCUCGGAGAGCCGAGAGCAAAGCGCAGGCCAGGAAACACCCCUGGACGACGGCCUUCCCUCUCCCCGCGCCGUCCCGUCCUCGUUCGCGUCUGAAUCUCCUUCCACGCUGCCUUCUUCGGAUGCAGCUGCGGAGCGCCGGCCGAGUCGCCCGCGACGGCGCGAGAGUCGAGACGAAAAGGACCACAGGGCUCGGCGCCAGGCGUGGACUUCCCUCUGCUGUCACGCCUCCGCGAAAAGGAGCUUUGAAGCGCAUCGAACGCUCCCGAGCGCCGCCGUGCUUCUUCUCCCGGUGUCGCAGUUUCUGCAGCCCUGCUACCCGCCCAGAGUGGCGUUGCCUGCUGGGGCUUCGCCGGGGGCGCCCGCGGAUCGGGCCUCGGGUCUAGGGACCGAUGGCGGGUCAAAAGGACCCGCGGGGACGGGAUCCACCAGGGGCGUGGACGCGCCGCUUGCCGCGCACGCCCUCGCUCUCUGCUCUGCGUUUUUGCCUUUCGGCGUCAACGCGUCAGUCGACGCGGGUCUUCAGGAACUGUUUGGCUUCCUCUCGCCGUCGCCUUUGCCCCUCGUUCCGGGUGUGAUCGGGGCAGAUCUCGCGAUUUCGUUCUCGUUGCCUCUCCUCUUGAUCCAUGGCCUCCUGCACGAUUCCUACGUGAGACACGCCCUUCGCUCCGCGGAAAAGCACGCGAGAGUCCCGGGUCCUUCAAUCCUCGCGGCCAACGCAGGCAGCCCCUGGCUCGGCCUCGAAGGCGCGUCGCCCUGUUGCCACCAACCGUCGCUCCCGCACAACUUGCAUCUUCACCGACGAGCAGCCCAGAGAUACGAAGUCUGCAAAAUGGAAACCGAGCACCGAGAGCCGUCUUCGCUCCCCAGGUCUGCCUCCAGUUCGUCUUCCAAUUUGGGUUCUGGCCUGACGGCGUCAAGGCGUGUAACCGCCGCUGUCGAGAGGAAGUGUGUGGAGCGUUUCACUUUUUUUGCGUCUGCCCUGGCGGAGCGUGAUGCCGUGGGGACGCUGCAUGCGGCGAGCGAGGCUGCGCGCGGGCCUGCCUUUCCUGACGCGAUGUCGGCUGUUGCGGCGUGCGUCAUUCAACGGGAGCAGCGGAGUCAACUGAGGAAGGCCGGCUGCAGCCCAGCCGCGAGUCCAGCUGCCUCGGCGAUCCAGCAACGCCUCUGGCGACUUCACAAGCUGCCUGGGCUUUGCAAGUCGCCUGCGGCGCUCAAAGCGCUGCUCGCCGCUGGACCACCCGCGUCGCUGAUCUCGCUCACUCCUCCAUCUGCUCCGUCUCAGCCACUGGCGCUCUCCGGCACCCGCGGAAGCGAGGAGCACCCUUCAGGGCCACGCACUCUGUCUUGCGUCGACCUCCUCGUGUCCUCGACCUGCGACGCUCUCGAUCUCUCUGGACUUCCCUCGAUCGCCUGCAAGAGCGCAGGGGCGCUCCGGGUGUCGGCGGCGUCCCCCUUCUGCUUCUCUUCGGCGACCGCGCUUUCGCUCACGUCCAGCUUCUUGGCCCCCGAUGCCACCGGCGGUAUGGGCCUCGGCGGCAGGCGCGACUCCCGCGGCGCGCUCGGCUACCCCAGCCAGGGAGGCUUCUCGGGGCGACCGGGCGGAUACGUGUUCGGCCUUUUUCUGGCCUCCUCGACCUCCGCCUUCCUCUCCGCCUGCGUGCGCUCCCCCGCCGCCGCCUGCCGAGCCGCCGAAGGCGCCAGGGCGCGGCUGCUCCAGGCUCUCGACGAGACGCAAAGUGGCGGCGCAGUCGGGACUACGGCUCGCCAACUGCAGAUCCAGAUUCAGCACCAUCAGAAAGUCCUCUACCACCAUCUCCAUCUGCUGCAGUCGCAGCAGAAGCGGCUCGAGGCGCGGAUGCGCCAGGAACGCGAGGCGGACGGAGCGAGCAAAAGCGUCGCAGACGAACCGGAUUUCCCAAAGACGCACGGACCAGAAGCGGGAAAACAGGAAACGCAUCCAGCUUCCGACAACCAAGACGCAGCGGCCUCCUCAGCUCUCGCCGCUUCCUCUUGUGCUUCUUACGUUUCCUCGUUGGGCAAGCACAUCAGUCAGUUGCAGGCGCAGCAAGCCGCCAUUCGCCACCAGCUCAUAAGUUUGCAGCAGCAGUUGAUCGCGCUGGCAGAUGGCGAGCACUGGGGAGACGAGGGGCGAGCGGACGGCGCGCGUCGGCUUAUACGCGGCCGCGAGCGACUCGUGCACGUCUCGCUCUGCGUCGCGACGGCGCCGUGGCCAACUCUGGUGGACGUCCGGCGCUUCUGUGAUGCGCGCGACGCACGCGGGAGUCGGGGCGGGCCAGGAAUCUCCGCCUUGGCGCUCGUGAACGGCGCCGAGAGCGCGCAGGAAGGGUCAAAGGUCGUGCCUGAGAACGCCUCCUCGUCUCGACCUGUCGCCUCGCCUCCACCGUCCACCUUCUCUUCUCUCACGUCGUCUUUCUCCUCUCUCUCGUCGCUCUCGUCUCUCGCGUCUUCGCCGUCGACUCCCCCCUCGUCCGGGGCUGCUGAUUCCGACGCUCACGCUGACGCCUCUCACCUCUUCCGCCUUAUCCUCUCUCUCAGGCAGGAGGAACGGGCGGUGUGGCUGCGCCCUGGGCCCCUCUCGUCGAGGCCGCGCUUCGGGCUUUCGGGGACUGGAGGCGCGAGCGGGAGGGACGAAGGCCUCCGGCAGCGAGGCUCGGCCGGGUUUGGCAGCUCCGAGCCUCGGCAACCUGCUGUGGCCUUCAUCCCGAGCGCAGGGCGGCUGCCUCUGGCGAUCGGCGGGUGGCCGUUGCCCCGGUUCGCCCUUUAUAAGGACACCGUUUUGAGUUCGCCGCCGUGUGCCGAGUUUCUGCGUUUGUCGGGCGCGUCGCUGGCCUCCCCUCACGUCUCUGCAGGCACAUCGCUCGCGUUUCUCGCCCUCCUCUCGGCUGCUCUGGUUCCGACGCUCACGCCGCCCCCGCCUUCAGUUGGGGCGCGCGCGGCUCUCAUCCAGGCUUUCUCUGACACUUUCUGUCUCUCCUUCUUCCGCGCGGCGCCUGCCACGUCGUCUGCCGGUGUGCCCAGGCCCGUCCGCGCUGGCUUCGGCGCGGCAGGGAUUCGAGGCGGGGGCGUCUCAGAGGCUCUGGCCUGCCGGCAUCUCCCGUCCGGUGGCGCGGCGCGCUCUGAGUUUCGUCUAGCAUCUGCGGAGGCGUCAAACACGCAAGACCCGCGAGAGGGUCGCGCUCGCCAACGCCUGGCCUUGGCAGCGGAGACCGGAAGGGAAAAGGGUGCGACGGCAGGAAGAGUCCCGACUUCGCUGACUCCAUUUCCUCUCGAUCCAGGCUCCUCUCUGCCUUCGGCGCCUCUGCCCUCUCUCUGGCUUUUAACUCACUGUUUUCUCCACAACUGUCCCUCUCCCUGUCACGCGUCCCACCACUCCCCUGCUGCUUCGGCAGCCGCGGCCAGUCGAGCUGCGGUGUAUGUCCACUUCGGAGCCUGCCAUCUGCUUAGGCGCACGAUAUGCGCAAUGGAGGAAACGCAGCUCCUUCCCUUCGUCGAUGUCUGCCUUCAGUUCCUGGGCGGAAACUGUGCACAUGCGCAGGCGACGGCUGAGAACGAAGGGCCGCCGGGCGCGGAGGAAACAGGCGUCGCGGCGCUGCCUCCAAGUCUUGCAGAGGAACUCGACUGCGCGGGGCAGAGUGCAGUGGCUCUUGUUCUCCUCGCCAUCAUCCUCUACGAACGUCCUGGACUCUGCAAAAUUGCAGGAUUGAACAUUGGCACUAUCGUGGGCCACCAGCUAGCAUGCACGUUCUUGGGGGCGCUCCUGCCGCUCGCCGCCUCAGGGCCUUCGGCGUCUGUCGGCGGCUUCGUCUCGCAUUCUUCGUCGCCGGGCGUCGGCAGCCACUCUAGCGGUGGAGUGCAGUCUGUGCGUGCUGAGCUGCUCAUGGAGCUCUUUGCGCUGGGUUUGGGGAUUGUCUGGGACUGUGCCUGUCUCUUUAGUCGCGCCAUCUCGGCCCUCUUGGACGACUACGUUCCGCGAAGCCUCACGGCCAAGUUGAGCACAAACAACGGAACCGGCACGGAGGCAUUGUUGCCCGACGAGCUCCUUCUCUGUCAACUCAUGGCUGCAAUGUUCGCCUUCACGCUGCGGCCGCAGUGGAGCGCAUGCAGUUCGCUCAUUCUCACCCGCCUCGCGCGCACGAACGUCCCGCUCUUUGUCAAAGUUCUGGGCAGAGCUGCCGGGACGGUUGAGUUCGGCUCCGAAUAUACGGCGGCGGCGUUGCUGACGCUCGUCCAGUUCAGCGCGCGGAUCCCUGAGCUGUCUCUGGAGCAUCUCCCAGACAUCGUGGAAGCUGUCGUCCGGUGUCUUGACCCCGCAGAGCCUCAUCUUCGCCGCCGUGCGUUGAACGCAGCAACAGCUGCUCUGUUUCACCUUGUUCGUUGUUUCCCGAUGGCAACUUUUCACCAACAGACACAGCGCUUCGCUGUCGGCUGCGCAGAUGGGCUCAUCAUCCUCUACGACCUGCGCACUGCGACGAAGUGGAAGGUGCUCGAAGGCCACACCGGCGCGGUCAAUUGCCUCUCCUUCUCGGACGACGGAUCGCUCCUCGCGUCCUACUCCAGUGCCGACUGCACAAUGCGCCUCUGGCAGAGUUCAUCUUCUGGAUUUUUUGGCGGAAUUCUUGGCAUUUCAGCCAAGUCCCAGAAGGUCAUUCAGCUGCCUCCCUGUCCCAAAAAUAUUUUCUGGCAGUCCAUCCCUUACCAAUUAGAGACCGUCCGAAUGGUGAACAAGUCCAAAACCGAGUGGAUGAUCCGCCGCGAAGACGGCAAGGGCUACAUGGUCUUGGUUUCGUAA